UUAUAAACAAAACACGCACCACACCUGAAAACACACACUAUACACUUCUCCUUCUUCUUGUUGCUGUGCUGUAUGUGACAGUGUGUGUAUAUAUAUACAGACAAAGUAAAAGGCUGUGCAAAAACACGCACGGCACCUUCAGACACGCACUCGUUCUUUCUCUGAAUUCUGUCUUCCUCCAUUUACUGUUUGGAAGACGAUUGCCCGAAAUUUUUCCAGUGCUGGAAAUUAGAUGCCAGUUUGCUUCAAAUUUUGAGCUGUUGUAAUUAAGAGUCACUUUGGAGUUCAAGGGAGAAGGAUGACUACAAAGAAAGAUGAAAACAAGGCACUCAUUGAUGUCGCCGCAUGGGCAUUUAAUAUUUCCACUUCUGUUGGAAUUAUUAUUGUGAACAAAGCUUUGAUGGCCACAUAUGGUUUCAGUUUUGGUAAGAUUCAUCAAUUAUCAGUUGACGCUUUAUUUUAGGUUAAUAAUGAACAGCAUUGUCCUAAUUUCCAUUUUUGCUUUUUGAGUGUUCUGACUCGUGAAUUCAGUGAACGAGGUGCACCAAUUAAAAUAACUGUUCUUGGACAAGUUUAAGCUUCUCAUGAGCCGUGUAUGUGGAAAAAUACAUGAUUCAUUUAUCUGAAUCCAUUGAAGAAUCUUAAAAAAAAAUAAAAUAAAAUAAAAUAAAGUUCUGCCGCUUAAAUCCCUGUAAAGCUUGCAAAGUUCCAAAUUGCAUUUGUGGUGGUGUAAUGCUUUUGUAAUUCGAUGUAUCUUAAUCAAGUGCCUGUAAUUUUUAUGAAGAGGAUGAUUUCAUUGAGUUGAGAAACUUUACAUAGUUGACUGGAAUUGCUGAAGCAACCAGACCAGCUAGGCCUGCAGGACAAUGCUGCAGACAUAGCACUAUGACUUUUCCAAAAAGCUACUGUUGCGCUUAGAUCCUAGGACUAAGGUCUUAAGGAAUAGGUUCGUUCUUAAACAUGUGUCCUGUUGUGCUUUGUAUCUUCCCAUAAUUAUUUCUUUAUAUCCAGUUGAAGAUCCAUAUACAUUCAUCCAAGAUUCUAGUGGAGCUCUGUUGACUACGAGGCAAAUACUUUUUUAAUUAGUGGGUUAGGUUGCAUGAAGAAGAAAAGAUGAAAGUUAGAUUCAUAUAAACUGUUUCAAGUUUGUGCUCGUGUGCUAGUUCAAGAAACCACACUAUUGGCCUUUGGAGGGUCAACCUAGUGCAUCUUGGAACAUUUGGCUUUGGCUAAAAUCAAAUGUCCCAUUUAUGUCUCAUUUCUGUGGUAAAACUAAUGCCCUAACCUUUCUGUGGCCUUUUUCUUUCUGCAGCUACAACCUUAACAGGGCUACAUUUUGCAGCAACUACGAUAAUGACUGUUGUUCUGAAGUCACUUGGUUAUAUUCAGGACUCGUACCUUCCAUUACACGAGCGUCUAAAGUUUGUAUUGUUUGCGAAUUUCUCCAUUGUUGGAAUGAACGUGAGUUUGAUGUGGAAUUCUGUGGGAUUUUAUCAGAUUGCAAAGCUUACUAUGAUACCAGUGUCAUGCCUAUUGGAAGUUGUGUUGGACAAUAUGCGGUAUUCAAGGGACACCAAACUAAGCAUUAUGUUGGUUCUAUUGGGCGUCGGGGUCUGUACGGUCACUGAUGUUAGUGUCAAUCUCAAGGGUUUUGUUGCUGCCUUUAUAGCAGUAUGGAGUACUGCUUUACAACAAUAUUAUGUACAUUCUCUACAAAAAAAGUAUUCCCUGGGAUCUUUCAACCUAUUGGGACACACAGCUCCUCUUCAAUGUGCAUCACUUCUGUUGUCUGGCCCUGUUGUUGACUACUUCUUGACCGGAAAAAGAGUUGAUGCGUUCAACUACACUUCAGCAUCAGUGUUGUUCAUAGCAUUGUCAUGUAUGAUUGCGAUCGGGACGAAUCUGAGCCAGUUCAUCUGCAUUGGAAGAUUCACAGCCGUGUCAUUCCAGGUGCUGGGUCAUAUGAAGACAGUGCUCGUCCUGAUUUUAGGGUUCUUGUUCUUUGGGAAAGAAGGGCUGAAUGCACAUGUAAUUUUAGGUAUGAUGAUUGCAAUAUUAGGCAUGAUUUGGUAUGGUAAUGCCUCAUCUCGUCCAGGAGGCAAAGAACGUGGACCAGCAGCCCCUUCAACCAAUAACCCAGAAGAAUUAAGUGUAUUAGUGCAAUCCACAGAUGAGAAAGUCUAAAAAGUUUUACUGUAACACACCCGAAAACAAUGAAGCAAAUUUUCAGUCUUACCUAAAAUUAUUUAUAUAAUCUUCUUUGAAAUUCCUUUUUCUUAUUCCACAAAUAUCUAUUUUCAAUCAGAUUACUGGUUAAAUGCAACUGUAGCUGUAGAAAAUGCCUUUGAUGUAGGAGUCUUAUCCAAUAAGUACGACUCUUAUUUUAGGACACGCGGAGCAUUGUUUCAUGCACACAAAUAUG